UGUAUGCUUGUGAGAUUGUGAAUCGCCAUGCAAAAACCAAAACCAAAACUAAAACCCGACCACAAACCACACGUUCUGUGGCCCCACUGGCUCCUCCAUUGGUACUUAUCUCCACACUCAUAGUGUAUAUAUGAAGAAUCAAGCAACAAUAAUCACCAGCCGCAGCCCCCGCACCAACAACAAUAAUCACAAUGAAUAAGCAGCUUAAACUAGCUCUGUUUCUAUUCCUACUGAUCGUCUUUACGCCCCAAGUUCUCUCUCACAACUUUUCUCAAACACCUGGUGUGCAAGUGCAAAUAAACAAGCAAAGGCAGGUGGACAACGAAACCAUCUACAGAGUGUCAAAGCAACUCUGCUGGGGCUGCAUUAGCGAGUCCAUAGAGUUUCUAUUCGCGCACAAUCUGGUUCGAGCGGCCAAGUUUGAGUUGCCAUUGGCAUGGAAUUUUCAGUUGGAGAAGUACGCCAGGUGGUGGGCAGGGCAGAGGGAAGGGGAUUGUAAACUGCAACAUUCUUUCCCUGAAGACGAUUUCAAGCUGGGAGAGAACAUAUUUUGGGGGAGUGGAUCGGCGUGGAGGCCAUUGGAUGCGGUGACUGCGUGGGCCAGCGAAGUCAAGUAUUACACAUACGCCACCAACAGCUGCAAGGCUGGCCAAAUGUGUGGCCAUUACACACAGAUCGUUUGGAGAAAUACGCAAAGGAUCGGCUGCGCUCGUGUCGUUUGUGACAACGGGGAUAUCUUCAUGACUUGUAACUAUGAUCCUCCUGGUAACUAUGUGGGAGAGCGACCCUACUAAGAGAUUUUUAUACGAAUCAGCUUUUUUAGCUCUCUAAAGGAUUAAUGAUCCAUCUAAAAAAAACAAAUAAAAUCUUACAUUCUUCUUAUGUCAAAAAUACACUGCCACAUUUAUAUACUAUCGCAUUAGGGA